AUGACGACGCUAGUGAAUCUGGAACUGGCGCGCUACAAAGUAGACAUCGCUGCACUGAGCAAAACCCAGUUCUCUGAACAAGGCCAACUAGGGGAGGUGGAUGCCGGCUACACCUUCUUCUGGAGUGGUCACCCCAAGGCAGAGCGACGGGACGCGGGUGUCGCCUUUGCCAUCCAGAACGACAUCGUGGGACGACCGCCCUGUCUGCCGCAGGGUACAUACGAUCGCCUGAUGAGCCUCCACCUGCUCUCCGGGGGGGGGGACAAAUUCGCCACGAUCGCCAGCGUCCACACCCCUCCCACGAAAAUGACCAGCUCUCCUCUUGGCGUCUGUGUCGAAGGCAGAUAG